GAAAACCGUUGAAUAACUCACAGAACACGAUAAACUUUGAAUAUUUAUGUGUCAAAAGUGUUCAAAUUAAGUUUAUAUAUGAAAUAUCGCGCAUUUUUUACAAGUGCUGCCUUCGUUUACGAUCGGCCAUUUCCGACAAGUGUGACGUCAGUACAAGAACACCGAGAACGCGCGCGAAGCGAACUUGCAUAGAAACACGCAAGCGUUUACGUUGCGCAACCGGUACGGCGAACAAGGAUAUAUAUGGCUGUUUUCCGGGAUCUUCUUUCACACACCAAAUCUGCUGAUCCACGUCUACUUUGAGAAAGCGCUUUAAAAAAAAAAAAAGCCGAACUAAUUCCACGAUAAAAUGCCUACUAGGUGCGUACUUGGUGGCUGUAGUGUCGCUUAUAAGCCUAGUGCAGGCCAGAAAGUAUCACUACAUACUUGGCCGAAGGAUCAAAAGGUCCGGAAGAAAUGGGACAAAUUCGUAAAAGAAACGCGAAAGGACUGGAUCGCCGGCAAUGACAAAAGUGUUUUAUGCAAUUCACACUUCACGAGCGAGGAUUUUGAGGGGUACUUACAAUGGAGCAUGGGCUUCAAAAGGAAGUUGGAGUUGAAGCCUGGCGCAGUACCAACAAUCAAGCCAGCCAAAUCGUCUAACAUACCAUCAGCCUGUGCCUCUCCCACGGAUCAUAAUGCUGGACCACGUGGACAGCCUGUAGGCCUACCCUCUGAGCGUGAAACCUCCAAAUCCAGAGCUGCUAAAAGACGCUUGGCAACAACAAAAUUGAACUUUCAAAGGGAAUGUGACGUGAAGCCAGAGUGUCAGGUGAUGUACGUCGUCAGACACGUGGCGUGCCAGACAGACCCUCCACCUGAUUCCCCCGUGACACGAUCGGUCGGCACACAGCUGACCAGAAAACAUCACUAUCGAAGUACAGCUUCGCAGGUGAAACCGAUGGGGCGAGAUUGUGGCGUCUGCACAGAGCCCUUAGACAGUCCCAUGCUGUUCCUACAACCAAUACUGGUGAAAAGACCAUCGAAGAGACGUCGAGACAGCCAGGAAGACGUGGGGGAAGGCACCUCGGAGCACGUCACCGCAUCGACAGCGCCUCGGGACAAAAACAGUUCAGUGUGAACCUGUGAGCUGCUGGGAUGCAGCAGCAAUACCUUCUUGGACCAGAGGAUAUGAACACGUGUCCCUGUGGCUUUUCUCUUUGGUGCUGGGAAAAAGUUAAUUCAACGUCUUUUCAAAAAAGGCCAGAAAAGCUGAAGCUUUGUGCCACAGAUAAAAACUGACCAAUGCUUGCUGUGGUGUAGCACAUCCUGGUCAAGGUGACUUUGUAUCAGGCAAUCUGCUGUGAAGACUUGCCUUAAUCCUCAUCCUAUGGGACGUCUGUACAGCUUGAAACAGAGAAAAGCUGCCAGACCCCCACCUCUGUUCUCAUUGACUGUCUGAUAGGCGACUGUAGCAACAUGAUUAGCUCUCUUGGUUUGUAACAACUCCACAGACACUACUGCUCUAAGGACAAAUGAAGACAGUUGGCAGAUUUGUAGAACACUAGUGCCAAAAGUUAUUUCCCAUUCUGAGGGUCUAGAACCCAAUUAUUUAUUGUGAUGGGGCUUUGCCCAUGUUUUCUAAACACUUUGUGUCUUUGGGAUCAAAUAUCUGCUGAUCUUUUAGUUUAAAUUUAACAGGACUAAUCAUGGCAGACAAUUUUAAAGGACGUUUUUGUAUGAAAAACGAAGAAUUAAAACCACGUCAGUUUUCUUUAAGCUGCAACAUGGUUUAAAGGCCUGGGAAGGCCUUGGGAUCCUCCAGGAGGAGCUGGAGGAUGUUGGUUUUGUUUUGCUUUUUACAGAAAUGACUGACAAUGCCAGUGAAAUCCAGCUUAAGUUUAAAAAAAAAUUACUCUCGUGAAACCCUGUGGUGAAGAUCUGUAAAUACAUACCGUAUUACCCA